AAAUCAAGAGAUUGCCAAAAUGGACACACACACUGGUAGGAGAAUGCCGCAAGAGGUCCACCCAGCCCCGCCUUCGGUAGGAAAGCUGACCAGGGAGGGUUUGCAUGAAGCUACCAGCUCGUUGCUCAGUUGUUGCCUUCCCUGGUGGGACAGAAAUCAGAAAUCACAGGUUUUGUGGCAGUGCCAUUUCUGACAAGUACUCUCAGCCUCCAGGAACCCCACCCCACAGGUUCUUCUUGUGCAUCCAUGCUGCAGGAUGCCUGUGGGCACAAAUCCUCCAUCCCCUGACUCACCCCAGCCACCUUUGGGCACGAGAUCCCGCUUGCUCCUUUCUCUGGAGCCACACUCACCGUGCCUAUCACAUCAUCCCCUGCUCCCUCUGAGCUCUGUAUCCCGACUUUCAAUUCUGGAGGAUGUGCCAGAGGUUAGGCUGAGCUCUGAGAGAUAAAGGGAGCAUGUCUCACUCCUACAGCUGCCUGAAGGAUUUGCUAAAGCUUAAGGUGACUGACAGCAUUUUGAGCUGCACAGGGGGAUCAGUGGAGGAAUUACAGCACGUGAAAUGAUAAACGAUGCACAGUUAAACGCCCAGAUUAUUUAUUGGGUUUAAGUUUUAGCAGUGAGUUGUCUAUGUUUUUGAGGGUUAUUUUUGGAUUAAACCUUUCCUUCCUGGCAUACUCCCAAUCUUUGGAGGAACAGCUUAGCAGGACUAUUAUGCCAUUUUGCCUAAUACCCUUUCAGGCUUCUUCGUACCGGGAGCUAUAAAAGGACGGUGUGUAAUCUACCCCAGGUUACAAAACCCUUUGGGCACACUGAGAGUCACACCUACCUGACACCAGGAUCCUGACUGACCUCCGGGCUGAGGGAUGACGCUGUAGGAACAGAGAUAAACUGGGCCCUUGAUGUAUCAAGAUGAGUCUGAUGUCACAAGCAGCAAUUUCUGCAUAGAGAUUAGAUGUAUCGGCUUGCAGUUUUAGAAGACAUUCAUUCAGGGAAUUCUUGCUUUGGCUUGAGCACGUGAACCCCCUCGAGAGAGGCUCUACAGCCAGGCUGCCCUUGCCCUAAUUAAUUCUCUUGUGUAUUGGCAUUUACAAGCAAAUAAUUUGACUCUCUACACUUUAUUAAAACGCAUAUUGUAAAGUGCUUGGCUAAAAGAGGAAAUGAAAUUUUCCUUUCACACCCAAGCCCCUUCCUGGUAAUGCGAAUACCCCGGCACUACAGCAGCCAGCCCGUUGUGUGGACGAGGCAGGGUGAAACAGAGAGACUUUGCAUUGAGGGUGAUGGAGAACGGUUGUGUGGGCACAAACUCCUCCUGCUGCAGCGCUGGGGAGGAUUGGGAAUAACCUGGCCAGCUCGUUAGCUGGUGUGCAUCGGCGUGAUUUAAUUGAUUCCAGAGGAGCCACUCUUCCUGACACAGCGGGGGUGGAAAUCUUCAGCAAGGCUUGCGCCGAGGACCUAGCUAUUCACGAGCUGUCUGCUACAAAGCUUUGUUUUUUACCAUAGGCAGCUCUGAAGCUGGCUGGAAAUGAAGGGUUCGGGGGAGAGGCCAUGGGUGCAGCUAUUGCAGCUGUUGCACAGUUGGGAAGGGAGACGUACUCCACAGGAUACUUUGAUCAGGCAGCUCCAUCCUGAUCUGUGGAGAAGCAGAAACAUCAGGUUCUCCGUGAUUCCAAACCUGCAAUGUUCAAUACGAGUUGUAACAUGCGGGACAGGGCUGCUUCCCUUCAAAGGCUUUGUCGUAAAUGCCUGCAUGGGGUACAUCAGCUCCCGCUGCACGUCACGCAUGGCUGGACUCGUGUCCCACUCUCUUGCAAAACCUGCUCCAUCCCCUGCUCCGGGAAGCAGCCGGCAGUGGGCUGAUUUGAAAAAUAAGGAUGGAAUGUGCUCUGAGCUGGGGCGGCGGUGACGGCGGUUUGGAUCGAAGGGAGAGCAGCUUUACCUUCUUAAUCAUCCCAUGUUUGCUUAAUUAUCCCAAAGCAUGUCUUUCAUUCCCCUGCCCCCUCUGAGAAUGUGAGGCGGGCUUGUUUUAACUCUUAGGAAGUAUGAAAGGUGAGUUUCCCCUUAAUUCAACAUAUUUCCGAGUUGCGCACUCUCCCCCCAGAACACAGCUGCUUUGACUGCUGGUUUUUGUUUGCUUUUCUUCCAGCACUCUUGCCUUUCUUUGGCCUUUUUUUUCCAUCUUCUCCUCCUCCUCUUCUGAGUCAUCUGUUGACACAACUCAGCGUUGGCCCUAGUUGUUAUAGUGGGAGAUUGUUGCUGUGUACAGGUACAAAGAAGGACCUUUUUUUUCGUGCUAGACAUGUGAACACCGAAGCUCCCUUCGAUUCUUUUUCUUCGAAGUCAGGCAUUUAGUGUCAGGAUGUUCAGGCUGGUGUGAGGUUGCUUGCACUGAGCUAUUCCAGUGGGCACCAGCUGGAGUCGAUGGAGGUGAGGGACACGCUGUGAAUUCCUUUUUCCUGUUUUCAGCCAGCAUCUCCCUGCUCUGAAGUGAUCUUUGUUCACCCCCCAGGCUAGCCCAGGUGGAAGCUGCCAUGGCAGCUUUGAAAGGUUCCUUUAUGUGUCUGCUUGCCCAAGACAUAUCACAACAGCGUGACGCAGCGCUGCGACAGCUGGCUAUUUAUAUCCUCUGGUUGGUGUUGUGGGAAGAGGGACGUCUGUGUACCCUAUGCCGAGGCACGUAUAGCGUCCUGGAGUGACCUGAAGUUUGAUUGAUUUUUCCCCAAACGUCCUCACUCUCUUCCGUAGCCCUGUUUUGCACGCUGCAUGAAUGCAAAAUGUUUCCAGUACCAUGAAGGCAUAAAGAGCCCUGCCCUGAUGUCAGGUUGUAGUUGGUAAUGAAAAAUAGGAAAAAUAGCUGAGAACAACUCAGCUGUGGCAUGGCCAAGGCCAUUCCGUUGUGGCACUGAUUCCCAUCUCAGGUUAGUUCAGCUGCCGUCUUGUCCUGAUUCUCGGACCUGAUCGUUUUGGAUGACCUUAAUCCCUUUGACUGCAGGAAUCUGGCUGCUCCUGUGCAAGGUGAUCUCCACUCCUUGCCUCCUUCCUGCUAUCUCUUAGUGAUAAGAAGGUAUCACUGGCGAGAGACUGGGCUGAUGGGUUUAAAAAACAGCACGUCUGCCUUCUUAGGUAAAAUAGCUUUGAAUUACAAACAGCUCUUACAUGACAGAGAUAUUCUUCCCCAAAGAAAUAAGAGACUAAGGAGCUGCUGGACUGACCACUUAGCUGGUGUCAGAGGAAUUGGUGUGCUGCUCCUGUUCCCUCUGCAAGAACUCUUUGGUGCCUUCAUCUCUUCUGUGCCUGUGGCCUUUCAUGCUGAAGCAGUAACUAUGUUAAGGCAAGGCCUUUCUUAUAGUUUGUUUUACAAAACGUCAUGCAUUAGAGUUCUUCAUCAUCAUUUUAGGCCUUGUGGUGCUAGCAUAAGACAAAAGCUAACACUGCUGUCUCCGAUUUCAGAGCAGCAUUGUGCUUUGCUGUGGAUGAAUUUAAUGCCAGCAAGUGGCCUGCUGCAGCUCUGCGACCAGGUGGAGGGACCAGCAUCGACGUGUACAGCAGGAAGGGUUGUUGAACAGAUCCCUUUUACAUUACCUGUACUACGUGAAGAGGUUUGCAUCCAACCCAGCAGCCAGCUCUUCACACUUACACACAGGCAGCAAUCAAGCACGCUGCUUCACUUGAAGGACAGCUGGCUGGCUUUGUCUGCAAGGCUCAAACUUUGGGAUCUUGAGUCCAAGGUGCCCGGAGGUGCCUCUCCACCAGAACCAAGCGCCUGGCACCAGCAAGUGCUGCUCCUCUCAAAACUGGGACUUCUGGUCACAGCAGCAGGACAGAGACACGGGUCACUGCAGAGUCCAGUCAGCCAAAAGAAGAAGAAGGGAGCUCCUGAAAAGCUGGGGCUUGGCCAAAACGAGGUGCUCUGACUUGUAGCACAGUAGCCUAACAUUGUUUUGGUGCCUUUGCAAAAGAAACAGAAGGCCCUGCAGGGACAAUUGGGGUAGGGAGGGAUGCCCUCCUCAUCCUCCUGCAAGGCUUUGGGUGCAAAGCUUGCAAACAGAGGCUGUGUGGGAGCAGGAUGGGGCUGCCUGGCCCAGCACCUCCUGAGGACAACUGGCACAGGUCUCUUGGCUUCAGCACAUCCUGAAUUUUGUAGGCGUUCAACCAAAAUCCCCCAAAAUUCAGAAGCUGGAGCUGCACUUGAGUAUUUCACUUCCCUUUUUGCCACUGGUGACCCAGGGCAGGGGUUGGGGGUUAAGGAACACAGUCAGUAAAGCGAGGCAGGCUUGUUUGGCCUUGACCUCAGGGGACAGCCGUGUCACCAGCAGAGCAAAAGGCCCAGACACGGGGGUGCCACCAGCCUGGGGAGAGUGCUGGAGCCGUGCCCUUUCCCCCAGAGCAGCCACAUGCCCUGCAGCACGCCCGCAGAGGAGAAGGAGGAGGAGGAAGGAAGCCCUUCUGCGUAAGCGACUGCUCUGGGAUGUGCAAAAUAUUUGGUGACCUUUCCCCGGCCCAAUUUUUCUGUGCAGAAAGCACCGUGCCUGUGCUUUGUGCAAGCAGUAAGAAGCAGGAGGAGGAUCUAUUUUCCUUUUCGGCGCGGUGAUGCUUGGAAGCACUGAGGGUAGCGAGAUUUAGGGACAAGCAUUUACAGCAGAGUUCACUUCAAGAAUGUGCUCGAAAAAUCUGUCCCAGGUCAGCCUCAGGGUGUUGGGCUUGUCAGUGGUGGUUUGGGUAGAAAGGCAAGGCGCUGCCCACCCACAGAGAAGUUGGAGCAGAGCUCGCUGGCCUGGGGGAUGGAAGUAUCUGUAGUAGUACAUACAUGCAGCAAGAAAUAGGAUGAAAAUGCAAAUCGAUUUGAUCUAGGCUUAGUAUGGGAUCGGUCCAGGUGGCCAGUAGACCGGAUUUACCUUACCAGAUGUUGGCGUGGGGACCAGGAUGGUAAUCUCUUUCGUUAAAGUCACACCAGUAUGUUUUGAUUCCCUUCUAAAAUUGAUUUUUAGACAGCCUGAGAACCACGAUAGGUUUGCUAGUACAUGUUUUUUAUUUUUUUUUAGCCUGACUAAGGGCAUAUUUGAAGGCACGCCUUCCUUAACAAAAUAUUUAGGGAAAGGAUCUGCUUCUAAAAUCAGCAGAGGAGUUAUCUCAGGAAGCCUAGCUCUCCAAAACACGAAACGCGCCCCCUUUGCUAGCCCUCAGACAAUCGCCUUUUGUCAUUCCCCUGCCUCUAUUUGCACUGUUACUUUUUCCCUUACUGGAAUAAUGCUUUCCAGCAGCAGGCACCUGGGAGAUGCAAACACUGAAACCACUACAGCUGUUUGUCUCUAGAGUCCUUAUCAGGGCUGGGAACUUUUUUACUAAGGGGCUUUCCCAUCCAGUUUCUGUUUUCCUCCUCCUAAACCCUGUCCUGCUGUAUUCCUACUAACUACCCAUUUCCUAGGGGCAGCAAGCCUGCUUGGAUUCCCUCUCCAGUCCUCCCUCCCUCCUUGGGCAGGGUCAGCUGCAGCAGGUUGCCAAUGACCCGAUUCCAUCAGGUUUGGGGUAUCUCGGUUGCUUUUUGAUGUGGGGAGAUGUUUUAUUAAGCUGUAGCGGAAAGAUGCUGCAAAAGAAACCUUCACAAAGAACCAGAGGGUACAGCUGCUGCCCGUUGGGCCCAUGUAGGUACGUGUAGGAGGUGCAUUUCUAGCCCUCAGGCUCCUCAAUUUGUCAGGAAGAUGUUUUCCUGUAUCUCAGAAGUGAAAGAGCUACUAGCAACCACUGCAGUCUCCUACCACCUGAGCUAUUCCUGCACAAGAACCUGCUGAGGAAAGCCAGGCACAGGCUCUGGAGGAAGUGAGCUGCCAGGAAUUGAGGCUUUGGUCCCUUUCGCUCUGCAUUUUCAUUUUUUUUUUUCUCUCUUUUUGCCUCUU